CAUACCGCAAGCUCAGCUCAGCUCUCUCACUCCACAUAGAACUCGAGGUUUAUCCGUCACAGUACGUCCUCUGGCCAUUAUUAUUCCUUCUUGUGUUCUAGCUCGAUCGUGUUCUUAUCGGCACAGCACGCGUCCAUACCUCACCCUCGCGCGCCACAUAACCCACGAGUGGUCAUCGUCGCCGUCGUCCUUGUCGUCGCUCUGGCAUUCCCAUGAUCCCAUCUCGUGCCCUGUCCCGUUUAAUCCCCUCCUCGCAUCGCGGGAUCGAGAUCGUCCGUAGACCCGGUCCCCUCGUGUGUUUCCCCACUUGUUCCCGCGCGCGAAACGCAUAUGGCUGCAGUCAGCUCGUUUCUAACUGUAGCUAGCUACCUAUAUAUCCACAGCUGCUACUGAUCGAGUUACUCCUCGCUCUCGUUUCGCACUGUAGCUACAUAUCGUCAGCAUUUGGUCGGUCGUUAAUUCCUUCGUCGUCACUGUUGCACAGGCCGCGCGGCGCUCCGGGGGUUUACAGAUGGCGGACUGCAUGCAGGAGUGGCCGGAGCCCGUCGUCCGCGUGCAGGCGCUCGCCGAGAGCGGCCUGUCCGCCAUCCCGCGCUGCUAUGUCAAGCCGCCGUGCGACCGCCCCGUGGCGCCGCCGCCGGCCGCAGCCCUGGAAAAGGAGCAUUUUUUGGACGACGUCAGCAUUCCGGUGAUCGACCUCGGCGAGCUGCUGGCGGCGGAAGGCGGCGGCGCCGGCCUCGGCGACGUCACCGAGGCCGUCGCGGCCGCCUGCAGGGAGUGGGGGUUCUUCCAGGUCGUCAACCACGGGGUGCGCCCCGAGCUGAUGCGCGCGGUGCGGGAGGCAUGGCGCGGCUUCUUCCGCCGCCCGCUCGCGGAGAAGCAGCGCUACGGCAACUCGCCGCGCACGUACGAGGGCUACGGCAGCCGGCUGGGGGUCCAGAAGGGCGCCGUCCUGGACUGGGGCGACUACUUCUUCCUCCACCUCGCGCCGGAGGCGGCCAAGAGCCCGGCCAAGUUCUGGCCGGCCAACCCCGGCAACUGCAAGGAGGUGUCGGAGGAGUACGGGCGCGAGGUGGUGCGGCUGUGCGAGCUGCUGAUGCGGGUGCUGUCCGUGAGCCUGGGGCUGGACGAGGCGCACUUCCAGCGGGCGUUCGGCGGGGCGGCAUGCGGCGCGACCCUGCGCGCCAACUACUACCCGCGGUGCCCGCAGCCGGACCUGACGCUGGGCCUCUCCGCGCACUCGGACCCCGGCGUCCUCACCGUGCUCCUCGCCGACGAGCACGUCCGCGGCCUGCAGGUCCGCCGCGGCGCCGGCCAGUGGGUCACGUUGCAGCCCGUCCGCGACGCCUUCAUCGUCAACGUCGGCGACCAAGUCCAGAUACUGAGCAACUCGACGUACAAGAGCGUGGAGCACCGGGUGAUCGUCAACGCCAAGCAGGAGCGCAUCUCCCUCGCGCUCUUCUUCAACCCCAAGGGCAACAUCCCCAUCUCCCCGGCGCCGGAGCUGGUCACGGCCGCCGACGGGCCGCCGCUCUACCCGCCGAUGACCUUCGACGAGUACAGGCUCUUCAUCAGGAAGAAGGGCGCCAAGGGCAAGGCGCAGAUCGAGGCUCUCAAGGGCCAGGCACCGCCCGAAAACUAGGUCGGCUAGCUAGUAGCUGCGUUACUACUCCAGUUAUUAAAAAUAAGCAACAGCAUGUAUGUAUGGCAACUAUUAAUCCGGAGUUAGUUGGCUGUCAGCUGCCUCGAGCUCCCCCAUGUAUAUUCUGAUUGUAAUAAAGCCUGUGCAAGACCGAUCUACGACUAUUCUACCUUUGUACCAGCCACUUAUUUCUACUGUAUAAUCGUAUGCGUGCUGCAUGCAGUAGCUGUGCAGUCGAUUGCUGCUCACUGUUUGUACACGUACGACGAAUCAUAUUUAAGCAAUAUAUAGUUGCAUAUA